AUGCCACCCAAAAAGCAUCGGUUAUCAGGUUUUAUUGAAAUAUUAAAUGAAUAUUCAAAUACUUGUAACCGAUAUGCUAUUUGUCUCUUAUGUAUUGAGGCUAAAGGACGAGAAGAAGCAUUAAAAGACAAAUUUACUAAUACUCAAAGAUAUUGUCGAAACCAUUUAAAAGAAUGUCCUCAUUUUAUUCAAAAAUACAAUAAAGAAGAACGCCAACGCAUAUUAUAUGAUGAUGAAUAUGAUUUUUCCAUAACAACAACAUCAAAAUCCAAUAAAAAACAGCAUGUUACUCCAGCAGAACAGGCUAUUAAAGUUGUUAUAUUUUUUCACCAAUCUGAGUUUUGGCAUGGAAAAUUACUUGACAAGCAAGCUGCAGCCUAUAAUGGAAAAUUUGUAGCUUUGCAAUUGGAAUUAAUUAUAUCACCUUAUUGUGCCACUCUUAACAAACUACAAACUGAUGGAGCAAGACUGCAUGAAAAAUCUUGGAAACAGUCACUUUUAUUUUUGCCAUUUGUACUACAUCCUGAUUUUCAUAUUUCAAAAUUCAACAAGUCUUGUAAUUGGUUGACAUGGGUGCAUUUUGGAAAAUGGGUGAAAUAUUAUUACUCUACCUGGUUCAAACAACAACCUACAUGUAUUCUCACAGAAUUGGAAGCUUAUCGUUAUGAAAAAUAUCCAUUUGAUGUGGAAACUUUCAACAAAUUCAAAGAUUCAUUGUCAUAUUGGAAUCAUAUCAAUGAUGUAGAAAAACAGACUACUCAAAUUCGAAAUUCCAAUAUUGCAAUAAGGCCAAUUUAUAAUAAUACUCAACAAAGCUCAAUAACUGAUAACUUGUCUAAUACUCUCUCGGAUAAAGAUACAGAAUCAAACUCAGAUGAAUCAACAAAUUUCAACCAUGAAGAAUCUGAUGGAAAUAUUAUAUCGAUAAAUGAUUGGAAAUCUAUGGUAAAAUAUUGGUUGGAAUUAGUUGAGAAUGAAAGUUUUGAGGAUGAUCAAGAUUUAUUGGAACCACUUAAUGAAGUUAAUACUGAAGGUAAUAAUGAUUUUAUGAAUACUUUGAAGCAAGUUCAAGAAGGUUUGCAUCCAGCUGAUGAUGAUAACGCAAAAUGA